CUUGUCAGUCAUAUUAUUACAACAGCCCCUUUAUAUUACCCUCUCCAUUCUUAAUUUUCACCAUUCCUAUCUUUCCCCUUCAAAGCUAUCGACAGUCAACUGCUGGUGUAUAACAUCGUAUAGCUUAUAGCAAACCGGUCACCGUCCAGAUGAGCCAGUGGAAUCCGAACUCGAAUUCCAACGACGUGGACAAAUUCACCCGCUUACCGGCAAAUCGUAGUGCAGGCCGCCCUCGAUUGAACACCAAUCCUUUUGACAGCCCCAAUUUGUCUAAUGGUGAAAGGUCUCCUUCUAUUAUUUCGAAUCCAUUUGCGUCAGAAGAAGAUCUCAAUCUUGAUACCCGCAUUACUGAGCCUAACGUUGCAUUUGCCACAUCUCCCAUAACCAAUGCCCACAUGCCUUUUGGCCGAGGGGCCUCCUCACCUGGCUCUCAGCGAGGGUCAGUGGAGUUUUUGUCUGAACAACCUACGUCCCCUCCACCUGUUGGAUACUUUCAUUCGAGCUUUCCCCACCGACGUCGAGUUCACACCUGGAGAGACAGUAUGUCUUCUACUAGCAGUAACCCAACACAUCAUCGAACCGAGUCAAAUGAAAAAAUGAUUCCAACCGCAAAUUCAACUUUCGUGACCGAAACCAGAUCUUCUGUCUAUGCUGAACCGUUCCCAAGACAAGAUUUAGGUCGAAACGGCUAUGCCCAGAUGAACUUUCAACCCUCCAUGGAAGAUGUAGACCUACAGGAAAAACCUUCCAGGAGAGCUCGUGCAUCCUAUUACUCCAUCAGCAAUAUUGCUAACCAAGGCCGCCGGACUUCACUGCCACGUCUCAUUUGGGCAGCUUUUGCCUUUUUGUGCACAUUUUUCAUUCCUGACUUUGUUCUAUUGUACGUUGGACGUAUGAAAACUACCAUAUCACGGCAAUCAUGGAGAGAAAAGAUGGCCAUGGUCUAUCUCUUUAUCUUCAUCUCCGCAUUCGUCACUUUUUGGCUUGAAUACAUUACUUCUUUGUUCUGCGAUCCACCAGAUUACUUUAAAUAUUCAACAGUAAUAUCGCCAAGCUCAAAGUAUGCUCAGGUGAAUGGCCAGGCUGUAAAUAUGUCUCACUGGGCCAGCGAGUCCACAUUGGCCGCGGAAGUUAGCAAAUACCCUGGAUACGAUCUGUCACCUUUGUUUCCAACAUUUACUCUUUUGGCCCGUGAAGAAGGCAACAACACCUAUUCCGACCCUGCUAUCCAAGCCUGUAUUGGCGAUUUGGAUAUGCAAUACGUUGCAGAUCGCUGGUUGAUCUAUCGAAUUAUGAAUGACACCGGUUACAGUGUUGAUUUUACGAAAGGCCAACUGAUGUCUUGUCCUCUACCAACUUCUAAUGGAAGCGUAACCGGGGCACCGUGCUUUGAUCACGCAGAUGAUGUGGCAGAACUGCAAAAAGGAAUUAAAGGAGAAUUGACAUACACAAGAGACUACAUCUACGAGAAUCGUAGCUCUCUUCCGAAUGGUGAAGUGGAUGGUAGUGGAUACGUCAUCUUGUAUGGAAAAGUCUAUGAUGUGACAGAUUACCUUGUCAGUGCUUCGGAUCUUAUGAACUUUUCAAGCGAUAUCAUGACUCGAAAACUGGUCCUUGAUCGUAUGUUCUUGCCCUACAACCUGACCCAGCUGUUGUUUUUGGGUUUGGGCCAAGAUAUCACACCAUACUAUACUGGAAAUGUCUCUGAGAACGCUGAUCUAUAUGUUGCUUGUAUGGAUCGUCUUUUUUACAAGGGUAUCUUACAAGAAGACAUGGACACUGGAUGUGCCAAGAUUAAUCCUGCUCUUUGGGCCACCAUGGGCUGUAUUCUGCUUUUGUUCCUGUUCAAAAUGAAUCUUUCCAACUUAUCACGACUUCCCUUCAUGCGUCGAUUUUUGUUUUCCUCCUCAGCCAACGAUUCAUACAUGAUCAACAGCGACAUGGCUCCUUACACUAUGUUACUAGUUCCUUGCUAUGCUGAAGCCACUGAUGUGUUAAAGCAAACCAUCGAAUCCAUGGCUAUUACUCAGUAUGCUGACUCUCGAAAAAUGCUCAUGUUUGUCUGUGAUGGUACAGUGAAGCAUCCUUCAGCGAACAGAGAAACGUAUAUCGAAAUCUUGGACCUCCUAGGCUAUAGUGGCACAGAAGAACCUAGUCCUCAGGCAUAUGCAUCGUUGGGUCAAGGCAGCAAAAAGACCAACUUCGCCAAAGUGUAUUCAGGUUUCUAUGAAACGGGUCGUAACCGUGUUCCUUACUUGCUUGUUGUCAAGAUUGGCAACCCGCGAGAGAAAGACGAAUUGCGCAGAGGCAAUCGAGGCAAACGUGAUUCUAUGAUGAUUGCUCUGGCGUUCUUGGAACGAUGUAUGGAUUUGGCCAAUAAUCGCAUAACACCCUUGGAAUACCAACUCUUCAACCAGUGCUACAAUCUUUUGGGAAUCGAUCCUCGCAUGUUCAAAUAUAUGCUUGUCAUUGAUGCAGACACUCAAGUAAAAGGCACGGUACUUCAGAAACUCGUUUCUCGUCUUGAAAAUGAUGAACGCCUCAUAGCCAUUAGUGGCGAUGUACGGCCCGCCAACCCAGAAGAAAAUGUCACCACUAUGUUGCAAAUCUUCCCGCUCUACAUGCGUUUCUUCUCUGGUUUAGCUUAUGAAGCUUGCUUGGGUAGCAUGAUCACCAUCAAUGGUGGGUUUGUCAUGUAUCGCAUUUGGCAAGAUAAGGCAACGACAUCCAGACCGAGUGUCAGUCCUUCAAGGGCGGCGCCUUACUCCAAGCAAAGCGAUGACAUGGACAGAAACAAUCUUCAAUCUUCUUGGGAAGCGAAUGAUAAACGCACAACCAUUAUGACUGGAGCAUCUUCCAACUUCUCCUUAUCACCCCCUGUGGAUGUCUUAGCCUGUUGUGUCCACCCCACUGUAUUGCGAGAGUUCGCGACUCCAGCAGCUGAUACACUUCACAUGAGAAAUGUGUUGUUGCUUGGUGAAGAACAGUAUUUCCCCAUUGUACUGCUGAAGUCGCAUCCUCGACACCGGCUAGGAUUCGAACCCGAUGCCAUUGGUUAUGCCACUGUUCCCAACACAUUCCGAAAUUUGCAAGCUCAACAAACUAGGUUAUUAAGAACCAAUUUCCACAACAACAUUGAAAUGCUCAAAGUUGCCAGUCAAAUCGGUGUGUCUUAUUGGAUCUUGGCCUUCACAAAAGUACUCGAUACCGUUGUGUCUCCUGUCAUGAUGACUUACCUCUACAGUGUCUUUAUUCGAUUUUUUAUCGGAUAUGGCUUAGCAUACACGGUGAUCGCCAUCUGCUUUCUGGGUCUUGUUAGCUUGCAUAUCUUCUAUUUCCUACUUCGAAGGCAAUACAAGUAUGUCCUCUGGUUCCUGCUGUACUAAUUCAAGCCUCGUGAUUAUGAUCAUGGAGCCCUUACGCUGAACGAUACAUCCAUUGGAAGAGGCACCUGGAAGAUGCCACGAAUGCGCCUCAGUGAAUUCGAGAUGGCAGAAGAACGACAACGAACUGCAGGCAUCAUGUUUGA